CGGGGCUCCGCUCGCACACCCGCACACCCACGCCCGCGUCCUCUUUCCCUGCCAUCCCUCCCUUCCCCUGUCCCUUGUGUCCCCCUUUGCCCUCCGCGCGAGCGCCGCGCAAGGACACCCGGCGCCGUGGCUCUCGGUUGUUCCAUUCAGCCUCCCUUCCCCUCCCUUUCCCGCCCGCCUGCCCUUCACAACGGCGCCAGCAUAUCCAUGUCUCAUCCCAUUUUACCCGGCAUCCCGGCCAGCGGGCACAUCACCCCGUCGAUGCAGCAACAGGCCCAGGGCCCGGGCCAGGCGCCGCCGCCCAUCCCGACGCACAGCACAGGCGCCAUCCCGGUGGACCGCGCCACAAAGUCCUUCAUCCUGAAUCUGCGCGUUUUCGACGAGAUGGACCCCCGAGAGCGGGACUUGCUCAAAGCGCGCAAUGCCAACGCUCAUCUGAUGAACUCGCUGAACAACAUCUCGGAUCCGGAUGCCAUCAGAGCGCUGGGCGCCAGCAACAUUCGUGAGAGUGACCUCGCCAUUGCGUAUGACGUCCUGGUUGGCGAGCCGACCGCGCACCGCUUCCUGCAUCUUUUGCGUUUCGUGAAGCCCACCUACCGGCCAGGCUCCAAGACCCCGGCUCUGAUUGAGACCCUCACGCACUUCACACAGCUGUACGACAAGCUGCAGCCACAUGCGCGGGAGUCGCUGCUGAAAAUCUUCCAAACUCUCAUCGAGAACAACACCGCCUCGGUCGAUUCGCUCUGCUUCGAGAUGGUCAAGCAGAUUCGAAGCGGCGACGCCACGCCCGCCAAUCAGGCUCUCGCAGAGGGGGUCCUCCGAGUUUUGUUGGCCAACAAGGACUGGCUGUAUGGCUUCCCGAUGAUCAUCAACACCUGCUUCUACUGCUUUGCCACGGUGGUCAAUGACCACUGGGAGAAUGCCGGCCUACGGCAGCUGGAACUCCAGUUCUUGGACCAACUGCUGCGCGAUCGUUCGGCCGACUUGGUGCAAAUUGGCCGGGAAUUUGUCCGCCUGCUGUACAACCUGGCCGCCCGGCAUCAGGAACUGCGCCCCUUCUGGAUCAAGCUCGUGGAAAAUCCGCAGGGCUUCUCGGCCACGGGAAAAGACCUUCGCCAGCUCCUGCUCCAGCCGACGCCGCGGCUAUUCUACACAAGUCGGCUCACUCAGAAGAUGGCCGAAUUACUUUACUUCAUCCUGGAGAAUGUUCCCCGGCCGUUGACCACCCCCUCCGGGGUUACUUUGCCGCCGGGAUUGAUGCCGGAGUCGGCGCAUCUGGAGUGGUUUGCUCAGGAGUACCUGUCCCAGCCCCAGCAGGCCACCUUGGCCGCGGAUCUUGUGCGGUUCCUCUGCUGUGUCUAUCACCCCAGCAACCAAGUGAUUGCCAGUGGCAAUAUCCAACGGUGGAAUGUGCUGGGCUGGCUGUUGGGCCGGCAGAAUCGCAACACACAUGCCUUCCAGACCGUGGUACUGGCCUGCCUAUUUGACUGGCUGGUGUUCCAGCCACAAGAUAAUGUCAUGCUUGUAGAGCCGGCCAUGCUGUUGAUGCUGAACCAGCUGAAGGAUCCAGGCGCACACUCCUUCAGUGCCCCGCUGCUGGACUUCUUGGCAGCCGGCGCCGGCGCCGGUGGUCCCAGCGCCGGCGGCUUGGAUGGCGGCUUUCUCCCCUCCUUCCGUGUUCUCUUCCUGGCAGGCAUCAACAAUGCUCUGUGCGCUCUGCGCGAUAAGCAUGUCAUCCGCCGCCCACUGGCCUACCUCCUCGGCCAUCCAAACCUGCCGGUAGAGACCGUGGGUCGCUUGAAGGUCCGCUUCCCGGACUUUUUCCGCGACCCCGACCCAGUGCGGCCGGUCAAGCUGGCCGACGUGGUGGAUCUCGGCCAGAGCACCUUCACCGAGGGGCUGGUUGCUCCGGGCCAUCGUGGUGGCGCUGGACUUGGGCCGUCGCCCGGCGGGACCACACCCGGGACCUCGGCCGCCGAGGCGCAUCCCGGGGCUGCGAUGUCGACGCCCACCUCGGCGGCCGCGCCAUCCUCUCUACCGGGCUCUGCCCCGGACACCUCGGCCUCCAUCGCGGAGCAACUCAUGGCGCAGCUCACGCGCAUGGAUCAGGCCGAAGGGUCCCCGACAACGGGGGAUGUUCAUCAGAUCUUGGACAAGUUGGUACAGCUGGCCGAGAAGGACCCUCUGCAGCUGGAUGACGCGCCAGUUCAGGCAGCUGGCUCGUUGCUGUUGCGCAUUCUGGCCUCCUCUGAGCCGAGUCUGCCAACCUACGCCCAGGCGUCGUCCCAUGGGGAUGGCAGUGCUCUUGGACGGCUCUUCAGCCCGGUUCCGAAUGCGGCCAUUUCGGCCAUCAUCGGCUUUCUCUUCCACCACCUGACCAUUACGCCUGGGCUUGGCUCCGGGUCGACGGCCAUGGCGGCCGCGGCAUCGGCCAACCGCAUGGCCGGCACCCUGGUCCGGGCCAUCCUGUCCCAGGGCCCGGGCCCGGGUGCCAUCGAUCCCCUGGAGGCCAUCCGUCGGCCAAUUGCGGUGGCUGUCAUCCUCCAGCGGGCGCUGACCGUGGCACGCAAUGAGCGCCCCCCCUCCGUGGUCAGCAGCUCCAAGCGCCCUGCGGCCGAGGCUCUUGCCCGCCUUUCCAAAGAUGCCUGGCCAUUGCAAGACCGCCUGCGGGAGCUCUUUGCCGGCCUGACCAGUGACCCGGGGUCGCUGCUGGCCGAUGCCAUGAUCUACCUGUCUGGCGGGUCGUUCAGCUUGGAGCCGGGCCGAGCCCUGGACUUCGCUUGGAAGGCCCUUUCCGUGGCGCCGGAGCCCCUGCCGCCGAGUGUCACCGGGCUGGGGCUUUCCUGUCCGCCGGGGUCUGGCUUUCGAGUUAGCCAGCCACUUGGCCAGCUGCUGACCCGCGAUCCGGGCAUGUUGCUGACACUACUGCAGCAGGUGUCAGCCGAUCGGGUCCCACAGAUGCUGGCCGAUCUUCAAGGGGGGUCACAUGCACUGUUCGACCUGUGUCUGCCUCCUCUUCACAUUCUCCAGUCGGCUGCCGGGUGGCCGGCUUCCGAGCGCGAUCUCCUUGUGCGCAUGAUCGGUGCCGGGCUGACAGCCACCGGCAGCCUGGACAUUGUGAUGCUGCUGCACCUGUCCGGCUCCGGGGAGGUGGCCACGGCAUCGGUCUUCUCGGAUUGGCUGUUGCAGCUGGCGAUUUUGCCGGCCGUGGGCGUCAGCCAUAUGCCAGCCACUGGAUCCCGUGCCGGCAUGGCCAUCAUGCAAACAGCCGGCGAGCUCGCCCGGCUGAGCCCGUUGGCUGGCUGGCUCGGGUCGCCAGCUCCGGGCGAGGCUCCCGGAGGGGUCACCGUCUUGGCACACCUACUGCAGGCGCACUUGCGUGCGCUUUUCGCCGUGUGCCGUCGCCUGGAGGCUGGCAAGGCGGCCGCCGGGCAAUUGCCCGCCCUGCUGCUGCCACUCCCCCAAAUGUGCCUCGCUCUGCUGGACCGGGCCGAAGUGGCGGAUGUCGCCCGCGAGCACCUGGCCACCGGCUUGCACAUCUGGCUGAGGGAGCUGGCCUGCCCCGACAAUGAGUGGGCCAUCUCGGAACUGGGCACCUGGGCCGACCAAUUGGCCGGGCCCAGCCUCGGAAAUGCCCUGGAGGCGGUGGCCAAUGGGCAGCCGGCCCCGAGCGCGUCCUUUGCCUCGCUGGUUGCCCGGCAUCGAGCCACAGCCGGGACACCCACCCCCAUCCCGGAGGCGGCCAACGAUGACACCGUCAUCCUUCUUUGAGUGUGGACAGAGUACCGGGCGAGGCGUGGGCAGGUAGACCCUUGGUUGCCUGUGCCCCCGGCGCAGGAGCGUGCGCUCCGGGGGAAAAAAAAAUAGACACACUUAGCCUC